AAUUUUCUCUGUCAAUAGAUGAUUCCAUCACCAGAAAUGGCCAUAGGAGGAGCAAUAAUCUGCAGCGACUAAUUCGAGGCAGCGUAUAGCAUCGUGGCACGCAGAAGCUUGGGGAUACACUCUUCUUUGCCUCCGUCCAGUCCUAUAAAUGGUGGAGUCAGGGUGGAAGGCUAUGCAUUGUGCUCAUCAUCUCAAAGCCCUUCAUCUCCUUGUCAUCUUGAGUUGCUUGAGCUUAUAGAUUUCGACAAGAUGUCUUGCAGCUGUGGAUCAAGCUGUGGCUGCGGCUCGAACUGCACGUGCGGAAAGAUGUACCCUGACCUGGAAGAGAAGAGCAGCAGCGCCCAGGCCACCGUCGUGCUCGGCGUCGCGCCGGAGAAGGCGCACUUCGAGGCGGCCGCCGAGUCCGGCGAGACCGCCCACGGCUGCGGCUGCGGCUCCAGCUGCAAGUGCAACCCUUGCAACUGCUAAGAAGCCAUUUAUUUGGCUAUUAUCAUCUGUGUGAUCGUGUGUCCGUGCGUGUGAUGAAUGAAUAAUAAAGGAGCCAUAUCUGCUCUGGCAUAUGCAUAGUGCAUAUGCAGUUUGUGUGAUCAAUCUGCUGUUUCUGUCCCUGUGCUGAUACGCACACGUAGCUCCUGAAACUGUCUGGUAUAUUAAUUUACUGGUGUGUUUGUGUGGGUGGGUGUGAUCGUAUCUGUAUCAUAUCAAACCAUGCAUGUAUCUAUCUAGUACCUAUAGCUUGCUGGUUCACGAGCUGCUAUUUUGUU